GUUAUCCAUCUAAACAGUACAAAGAUCUGGCUACAAAUGACAACAGAUUCAAGUGUUGUCUAUGAAGGCUUUGUCUUGCAGCUUAUCUCUACAAGAUUUGAAAGUGAAUCCUUUGAGUGUUCAGAUUUGUCGGUUAUUCCAGCAGAUAAAAAGUGUGAUCACAUAUCAGACUGCCCAUCAGGCGACGAUGAACAUGAGUGUGACAAUUAUGAUAUUGAACUCUCAUCUGAAGCCUGGAAGAACCUAACAUACCAACUGGCCUACUCUGAUCACACUGUUGAUGCUACAUGGCGGAUCACAAACACGAGAGGCCUCAGCGGUUACGCGGUCCAGGUCCGCAUGAUUCAAUUGGGCAAGAUGAGCUCAUUGGUCAUAGGACUAGGAUUGGAUGAUAGCCUUACUGAAACACGGGCCGUGGUCUUGUCUCCUUACUCACCACUGUUGGAGUUGCUUUUUGAAUCAGAAGCGUUGUGGGUUCACCUACACUCAUAUGAGUCCACGGAUGCAGCAUUUGAACUUGAACUUAGACCUGCUCACAUCGUAGGAGGCCCACUUCUGUGCAGUGAGGGCCGUGUGAACAUCAGCAGUAAUGCUAUUUGUGACGGAGAAAAACAGUGCAUUGAUGGAAAUGAUGAAAGAAAUUGCAACCACCCUAUUCUCCCAGAAGAGUGUGGGCUGCGCCCUGCCCUGGACGUACAUCGUGUCACACACGGAUCAGAGGUUACCAUCCUGGGAGAAGCCCCAUGGCAAGUUGCCCUCUACGCGAACGGUUUUCGAUUUAUAUGUGGUGCAAGUAUCAUUGCCAAUGAUUGGAUCCUCACUGCAGCACACUGCGUGGAAGACUUCUACCAGUACUCUCCAUUUCAAAUUCAAGCAGGAACGCUUACUUAUGAUACAGCAGGGCAGGUCCAUGAAGUAUCCGAGAUAUUUAUACACCCGCUGUAUAACUCAUAUUCACUUGAAAAUGAUAUCGCUCUCCUCAAGCUAUCAACUCCGCUCAAUUUCACGGAUGCUGUCCAGCCCGUGUGUCUGCCCCCUCCAGGGGAUUAUCUUCCUGAAGUGGGUUCCUAUAUCACGUUUACAGGAUGGGGAAGCUUUGGCGAGAGAGGAGGGCCCUCACCUCGUAAUCUGCAGAAGGCCAGAGCACCUGUGAUACCAAACAACAUAUGUCAGAGACCUCUGACAAAUAUCUUACGUGUUUUCCCGUCAAUGUUCUGUACUAUGUACGAUACUGGAUAUCAGUCUGCUUGCACUGGUGAUAGUGGGGGUCCACUGGUACAGGAGGUGAAUGGUCGCUGGACUAUCUAUGGCAUCACUAGCUGGGGAUUAACCUGUGGCGAAGCAUACUCGCCAUCAGGCAAAACUCGAGUUUCAAGUUUUAUUGAUUUCAUCUAUAAGACAAUUCGAGAGAGUUAAACAAAAUUAUACUCAUACGUCCAAUUACUAUAAAGCCCAAAGCAAAUUUACGUCAAAACAAUUGCAAAGACAUUGGUCCAUUUGUACUAAUUCAGUUAAAGCCAACCCUAGGUCUAAGAUCACUUUUAACAAAGGAAAGCUUAUACUUUAAUAAGUUGAACGAAAGCUAAAGCCCAAUUUUAGUAGAAUAUGGGCCUUAUGGAUUUCAGACUAGAUGCUUUAUCAAACUAAUCUCUACAAGUUACUAUAAUACAUCCAUGGCAAAUUUACGUAAAUACGAUCAUGAGGAGAGAUUAAUCAAUUCAAUUAUUCUUUAUGAAUCAUUUUAAAAGCUCAUGGAAAAUUGAUGUCGAAUUGAUCGCAGAGGUUUAUUUUUUUAAUAAAUUUUAUCUUUAAGACCAUUCUAGAUUACGGUAAUCCAAUUAUUCUUAACAGUUCACUUUAGAUUUAUGUGUAUGAUUAUAAACAUGACAUGAAU